GAGGUAUGAUGCCUUCUUAUCGCACACAUGGAUGACACAUGGACGGUGGAAAUUCUUGUCGUUGCUCUUGCAUUUCGGCUGGCCGACCUUGCUUGUUGCGUGGGCCUUGGGCGCAACAGUCGCGUUCAUUCUUAGCCUGGUUGGUUUAUUGCCUCUUUUCGCUUCCUGGGAGGCCCGCGCGAUCGACUUUGAUGAACACAUUCCUCUUGGUUGCUGGGUCAUGCUUUCAGGCGGCCUUGCGACGUGGGUGGGAGCUGCGCUUUUUCCAUAUCUUCGAUGUGGUCCGUCACACAUCUGUUUUCUGGACUUUCUGUGCAUCCAUCAGACGGAUGUCUCCAAGAUGCAGCAGGGCAUCAGAAGCAUUGGACAUUACCUCGCAGCUUCAGCAGAGCUGCACGUUUUGUGGAGCAACCCGUACUUGUCGAGGUUGUGGUGCGUCUUCGAAUUGGCAGCCUAUCGAAAACU